GUUUAACUGACGCCCCUUCAGCAGGAGCCAACAUGUCUCAAACGUCCGCAGAGUACCUGGGAAUGAGUCACUACCUGAUAUAUCCUCCUAAAUAUGGGCGGAGCAUGAACACACCUGGGAAUCUUCCGCGUUGGGUUGAUGAGUCGACUGAAGUCGUACUGAGCAGAGUGUGGCAGGGCUCACUGGGAGAUCGGCUGUUUUGUUUUGUAUUACAGAUCUUUUAUUAUUUUAGAUCAUCCUGCACCGUGGACAUGGAGGCUCAGAGAAAGAACAAUGGAUCGAAUGCGAUUUUUAUUCACAAACAUCAUUUAUGUUUGCAUGAUUUGAAAAUGCACAAUCAGCAUUUGAGGAACAUCUAUCUUCUAAAAACCAACGUGCCUGAAUACCCUCAACCCGAGUUUCACGUGUCCAAUCUGAAACACGACACACAGCAAGGAGGGUUACUGAGGAUCUGGAAGGACGAAGGCUUCAAGGAUCCUCACGGAGGCCUGAAGGAUGCAGACGGCCUGUCCCUGGUGUGGUGGAGUCUGGCUGUGGGUCCCCAGGAGAUCCAGUCAGCUGAGACCAGGCUCCUGGACAGGUUCUACCCAAACCGGAUAGAGAAGCAGGCUGAACAGAAGCCGAGCUACCUGGACGAGAUCUACCCAGACCUGAACAAGCAGAAGAGCUUCCUUUGGAAGUUUGCCACCUCUCCGGCUUUCGCAGAGAAGUCCAGGUUUGGAUCGUACCGCUUCACCUUCCCCCUGCACGAAGUGGUGACCGCCUACAGCCAGCAGUUUUGCUCCGGAGCUCCGCCCAUGAUAAAGGUGUUCAAGACCGCCCUCUACAAUCAGGAAGUGCAGUACUCUGUGCUGGUCCACAGCCCGGCCAGAGAGAAGCUCUUCUCAGAGUAUCCUUCGCUUGCUUAUGAUGACCCGAACGCCGUCUUCACUUACAGAGACGGACACUUCAUCUGGAGGUCACAGGCCAUGUGCGAGACACACAGUUGGAAAUUGACCCAAAAACCUGACAAAAACCAGAUGGAAGCUGAUGGUCUAUGUUCUUUUCAACGUCAGUUUUAUGUUUGGGAUAAUGUCGCCAUCGCCCUGCACAUGGAUCAUGGACAGGUGCUGAAGUUUGACUGUGAUCAACUGAGAGCAAACCUCACGUACUGUGAGAAACCUGAAGAGGAUGUUCUAACAAAGCUUUCGUUAGGUGAGAAACCUGAAGAGGAUGUUCCACCUGGAAUCCAGUAUGACAGUUUUGAAAAUGCUAAAUCACUGGUUGGACAUUUGUGGCCUGACGCAGGCUUCCCCCUGGGGAAGGAGCCUUCACUCAGCCUUGUUUUCUAAGGUAAUGAAUCAGUAAUUAAAGGAAUAGUUUCUGUUGUCAUUACAAAUACACAAACGCUGACACAUGGAGGUUUACAUAACUACUAAAGGUGAAGGUAACAAUCCUCACCUGGGAUCUAUUUGCUUGUAAUUAUGCGUGUGUGAAAAGUCAGUGAGUUUCUGGCCUGCAGAUAGGUCACUGCAUGUUUCACACUGAUGACACCACCGUGGUUGGUCUCUGAUGGAGCUGAGACAGAGAACAGGGUGGAGGUAGAGAACUUGUCCCGCUGGUGCUCAGAAAAUAACCUGAAAAGCUGAACGUCCUUCAAACCAAAGAGCUCAUCAUGGACUUCAGGAGGCACAGACAGCGCCCCCUUCCCCGGCAUUAUAAAUGGAGAACAGGUGGAAUCUGUCUCCACCUUCAGGUUUCUACGCACCCACAUCUCCACCAACCUCACCUGGACCCACACCACCAUCACCCUGGUAAAGAAGGCCCAGCAGCAGCUGCCCCUCCUCCGUGUCCUGAGGAAGAAGAACCUGGACCAGGAGCUGCUGCUGACCUUCUCCCCUCCUCAGUGGAGAGCGUGCUCCUCCUGCCUGCUGUUGGUAUUCAGGGGCCUCAACUGAGAACAGCAAGGCUGCACAGAGGGUCAUUAACACCACCCAAAACAUCACUGCCAACCCUGGAGGCCAUCGCCAGCUCCUCCUGUGUCAGGUGAACCAUCACAGGUGACCCCGCCCACCACCUGUUUGACCUGCUGCCCUCUGGUCAAUCAGGUCAUCCAAGACACAUCCACCUAUCCACCUCAUCAGUCGGAGCCAUGAUCUGAGUAACCCUCAUCGCUCACUCACACUCUGUUCAGACCAAGUCGUUUUUGGUGUGGAGAAACCAUAAUUUCAUUGUACAUGUAAAAGGAUAAUAAAGCUUUAUUCUAUUUUA